AUGCAAUCGAAAAAAGACCUGAAUUUUGAUGAUGAUGGAAAUCCUACAAAUUUUGAACAUAGACGUAUCUACGAUUGUAUCUGCGCCGCUGGAUCCGAUCACAUAUGUAGUUCUGUUCAAGAUAGUUGUUCAGGGCCUGAAGCUAGCAAGAAUGCUGUUACUCAUGUGCAACAUAUAGCACGUCUUCGUCGUAUCGUUUUGGUUUUCAUCAAUUCAAAAGUCAAUGCAAAUAUGGAAGCUACACUUGGUAAAGCUGAUUCAGCCGUUGUUCCUUUUCUAGACAGUCAUCUCUGUGAUCAUGGAUACCAAGGAAAAGUUAUAAUUUCAUCAGCAACCAUACAAGGCACGCUAUUUCUUCACAUUCGAUGA